CCGUUCGACUACUAGCGUUGUAUUCCGCGGAAAAGGCGCGAGCCGUAUACGUAAGUGCAUAUGGCGCGGCUCUCCCUCCCUUGUUGCACUGCUCUCAUUGAAGAAACCGACUCGGUAUGCGCUCGCACUGCCCCCGACAAUGCAUCUUCCCUUAUUCCUUUGGAGCGAAUAGCGACCCUUUUGCGCAAGCGCAUGCGCGGUCAAAGUUUCUAGCAUAAACGAUUUGGCGGCCGGUUAUUAAAAUACUGGUUUUAUCGCGCGACCGUUAAGCGGCUAUAAAUAUACGCACUCGAAUUAUCCUGCAAGAUAUCAUAUACACGCGUAUAUUUGAAGUAUAAAUAUUGGCUUCUAGAUGCAGCCAGAAAAUCUGCUGUACACGCGAAUGGAUUUUAAUAUAAACGCGCGUUUUUAUAUAUUGGAUACUGCACUCGCCUUCUCGGCGAGGAAAACAAUUGCGGCUUCAAUGAAUCUAUUUUUCCGAGAGAGCGCCUAAUAGAACAGGAUUGUUGAUAGGCAAAAGUAUUUAUCCUUGAAAAUAGUUAUUUUAUGCGUGCGUUUAUAUAAGUAUGUAAUAGACUUAUAGGGAGUCACUGAUACGUCAGUCGCUAUAUCGACUCGUCGUCGAUUCCCGCCAAUUAUUUUGCAUACCGAGGCAAUGACCCGCGCUGAUACUUCGUGUAUGCGUAUAUAUAGACGAGUUCUGCGAUGUCGGCUUUUUUGAAAAUCCCGCGCGCUUUUUCCCCGACUCAAAUUCGACGACGAACCGGUGUGAAUGAACUUUCGACACACUGUACCGCGGCACGCACACACACAUCGUUGCGUUGCAGUGAGCGCGUCUUUUAAUGCAAAAUUUAUUUUUGAACAGUCGAUUUAUAGAUUGCAUGUUAAGGAGCUUUGCGCAACAUCCUCUUUUUUCUUCUCAUUAUUCGACUCUCCUCCUUCGCCGACGCGGAGAAUCUCUUAUUGCAGUAUAUACUUGGCCAAUUACAUAAGCCUCGAAUCGUGUAUAUGCAACACACACACACACACGCGCGCGCGCGCGCGCACAAUCGCGGCUUAAUUGACCGAUCGAAUUGAUUCGCCGGGGCGCGUAAGUGAAGCGUAUCGCGUCCCCAUCGAUCUUCUUCUUGUCGUCGACUCCGAUCUCUAUAACACUGCUUCGGAUUAUCUCAAUCUCGGUGAAUAAAGUCGAAACGAAUACAGCGCGCGAUUUACGAAUGAAUAUGCAGAUCGAGCUACCGCGUUCGAGCGGGCUGCACUAUUGUUUGAUUUUAAAAUCGACUUCGCAAGUUCAAGACACGUUAUAUACUCACGUAUCGCUAAAAUAUUCUCGUCGCUCUUGACUCGCUGAGCUGAUUCUUUUCUCCUUGGGACAGCACUCGGGGCCCGCGAUUUUUCGACUUUAUAUAUUUACUUUACAUAUGCAACGCGUUAUCGGCGAAAUAUUCUCGAGGACUGAGAGGGACGCUUAUAGACGAGCCGUAUGCGCCAAGAAACGUAUCGCGCGCGCUGCUGUGUUAGCGAAUUGCAAAACGAGAAAAAUAAAACUGGCAAACGCUUAUACUGGCGCUCAUACUAUAGCCGCUGUUGAUACUUCCUGCCUGGCGUUCGUCCGCGAGGCUGAAAAAUGCCGAGUCUACGCGAGCAUCUCGUUCGCGGUGCUGCUGCUGGGCAUAGGUCUGCCUCUCUGGUGGGAGACGACGGCCGUUCCUCGGGUGCCUCUGCCCUACUCCGGAAUCAGCGAGCUAAGUCAGCAUCAGCUGCGUAUCCAUCAACGGCUUCUUCUGGGAUGUCUGGAGCCCGAGCGCAGUGGAAUUUUCGCCGUCGAGAUGAUGAGCCGCCUCACGGAUGACGGAAAGUCGGACAUCUUCAGGAUAAGCCUCUCGCACUUCGCGACGAACAACACGUCGAUCGGCCGAGCCAAGAAGAUGUCGGACCUGGACAAGGCCGUCCUGGGCUUCGAUCUGAAGGAGGGCGAUAUCCUCGUGCUCGAGGCACCGGAAGCUCUCGGCGAGGACUUCGUGCACGUGACUGCCGGACGGGCGAUCUACUUCGGCAGUAAAACCGACGGAGAAAAGCUCGCCAUGGUCUUGCGAAGGUGGCUGAUGCGCGACUCGGCGCUGUCCCUGACCCGCAACGCCCUGGCCAAGCCGACCGAGUUCAGCCUCGACGUGGAGAACAGGAGACGCUUCCCCGCGAGUCCGAACUACGACAUCCUCCUGACGAUAGUCAAUCCCGAGCCGGAGAACAUCGAGCUCGACUUCGACGUCGAGCGCAUCGCUCGUCAGUACAUCGAGCCGUUCACUCGGGAGCUCGGUAUCGUCGCCAAUUUCUCCGUCAAGUCCCAGUCGCUCUACAUGAUGCCCCUAGGAGUCAAGCCCACGAAGACGCCCGACGGGCAUUACGCUCUGUCCGAGAGCUUGCUGCCCCAGAUCAUUACGCCGCUGGAGAAGAAAUUAGCCUCGCAAGUCAGCCUCUACCCGACCGUCAACCUAGUCAUCUACGUGGUGCCCUGCAGCACAGCGCCUCUGCACAUCUACCUCCGCAACGGUCGUCGCCACCGAACCAACAUCGACCUGGAGACCUUCCACUCGCCCCGUUGGGGUGGCAUAACCCUGGUCAACCCUCCGGAGGAGCACUGCCUCAGUCAGGCGAAAGCCGUCGUUCCUCAACAGCAACAGCGGGCUUUCCAACCGGACGAGAAAGCGAUCGUCCGGGUGCUGUUGACGCAACUGCGUCUGCUACUGGGCAUCACCAACAAGGAGCCGAUCGAGGGCGCGAGCAUAGCUCCGCUGGAAGGUCUCAAGCCGCGCGACUGGGAACUCGACGAGCUGCUCCGGAUUCGCACCGUCGAGCAGUUGACCUCGGCCAAGCUGACGCUCCAGUCGUUGGCGCGGCUGCUGCGCGGAAUCAGCAACAUCGUCAUUACCGAUACCGUUGGAGAUCGAAUCAAUGCCGCGCUUAAGCUCAUCGAGAUCGCGACGAAGCUUCUGGACGAUGCCGAUCUCGUGAGGGCGUUUUUGGCUAGCAAGGAGGCCUUCUGCGAGGCCGAGGCCGCCUUUACCGAUCCGUCGCUGCUCGCGCUGCUCUACUUUCCCGAUGAUCAGAAGUACGCCGUAUACAUUCCGCUCUUCCUACCAGUCAUGAUACCGGUACUCUUCUCGCUCAAGAACAUCAAGAAUUACUUGUUCUGCUCCGAUUGAUAAAAUAAACUUUUUUAACUAUGUACAUUCGAUCGCAAA